GAGCCAGUAAUCAAACAAGUUAAUGAUCAAUGUAGAUGUAUGUUGAAAUGUGUGGUCAGAAAGAUGUCCUCUUCUGUUUUCUUUAAAAAGACCUAAUGUAACCAGCAACUGCAUUUCGUCAGAUCAGCAUCUGCGCUAAACUUGCAAAAAUGGCAUCUUUGGCUCUGGUUUUGGUAUUCUGUGCCUUCGUCUCUUUAAGCGAGUCUGCCUGUUUCCUCAAACAGCUAAAUCCGGGGACAAGCCAGUGUGUUGAUGACUACGACGACUCCAAGCAUCUAAUGGGAAGUACUUGGACAAACAGCAAAUGUAUCAGAUGUACCUGCUCCCCCGGUGAAAUGAAGUGCUGUAACGUGAUGGGCAGAGUGUCUUCCAUAACUGAAGGCUGCGUUGUGAAGUAUGAUUACAAAACAUGCUCGUUUGAUGUGUUUCAUCCAGAGGAUCCCGCCAUUAAGUGUCAUUUUAAUGGUUGGAUGGUUGGAAAAUAAUUUCCACUGAUCAAAUAAUGUGUACUUAUUUGAACGGCAAGCCUUUUUGAUUACAAAAAGGUUUGGCAUUCAAGACUUUCUAACGUUUAUCGCCAAAACAAAGCAUUUUUAUGAAGUAGAGCUAAGAAAACAAGAUACAUUUAGUUUCUUCAAUUGAAUUUUGUAUCUUAUUUUUGUAAAAAUAGCUUAUACCCAGCAUUUGUCCAUGUACAGAUGCCGUUCAUGUUAGAAGAUAAAAGAAAAAGGUGAUCUGAACACAAUAAUCUUGUGUUUUAAGUGUUUUUUGUGAAAUGACAUGUAAAACCCUGAUAAAACACAAUAGGUUAUUAAUGUGUUAUUAAAUAUUAUACAAAUUUUCCAUGUUUUAAAUACAAAAGUACAUUUUACUAUGUAUGAAAAGCACUUUCUCUCUGCUUUUUCUCAUAAAUGGCAAGGUUUAAAUACUUUAAAUACUUAUUUUUCAUGUGCUAAAAAAAGCAAUAAUAAUUUCUCAACUACUAUGACAAUUAAUAAAGUACUCACUAUUUGUACGUUAAUGUGUUAGCAACAAUAGAGUAACAAUGAAGUAAUCACUUUUGUACAUUAAUGUAAUAACAAUGUAGAAACUACAGUUUAUAAAUGAUACUAAUAGUUUGCAUAUGAUUUAUAGGCAAAUAAACAUUGCAUUUCUUCUUAA